CGAGCUCUCUUUCGCGUGUUUGUGUGCGAUUAUUUAAUCGUAAUUUUCCAUACGUACUGAUGUCUUUGCCGCAGUGAAAAAAUUAACCUUUUCCAACCUUUUUUUCUAUUUAAUUGUUUAAUUUAUUAAGUCAAUGGCCAUUGCUAUUCGGCAAAGCAUCAAUUCACUUCGUGCAAUUCGAGUUCAAAGUGUUUUUAUUCAUAGAGGUAUCAGUAUGUCAGCUAAAUUACGUGCUGAGGAAGCGAUUGAAGAGAUGAAAAAAAAGAACCCAUACUAUGAGAAGUAUGCGUCGAAAAUUGCAGCUCUUCAACAAACAUCGCCCGAUGAAUUUCUGAACCGUUUGGAAAGCGUUGGGAAAAAGAGUCCGCCGAAGAAGAUGGAGAAAGAACGGAACUACUCGGAAUUGUUGAACCCAAAGAAGCCACUUGAUGGAAAAUCGGCCGACGAAGUUCCAUUCAAAAAGUUGAACGAUAUCAUGAAACUUGACUUGCUGCAGGACAAGACGGCCGAUGAAAUCAAAGACAUUUGGCUACAGUAUCACAAAGAGAAAGAUGUGCUAGUGGCAACGAUUCCAACCGAAACAUACAAAUUGCUGGAACAACGCUCAAAGGAACAUCCAAUUUUCCUGUUGCCAUUGCCCCGAAGUCAAGGUUUUGAAUUCUUUCUGCUUCAAUUUGCUAGCAAUACCGUUCAUUUCACUCCUUUAUUGUGCUAUCAGGUCCACAAAGAGAAUGCCCCGGAAUGUUUGAGUGUUGUUCAUUACACCGAGUUCAGUGAGAAAUUGGGAACGGUUUUGAUGCGUGGAGAAUUCGAUUCAAAUGUAAUCAAUGCACAAGAGGCUCAAUGUCUGGUCAAUCAACUGCAAUUGUACUACUCGCAGAAUAUUUUAACGAAAUUGGAGUUACUAAAGAAAUUCACACAUGAACCCGAUAAUUUUAAGCACAUGGAUAUAAUCAAUGAAUUAGAAAAUCUAUCGAUUAAAUAAAGAAAAAAAACCGUCAAUUUUUCGCUGGCAAAGCAUCAAAUCAAGCAAA